CUCCCCUUCUCUCUAGAGGACGCCUCAUCUGCGGCUACUCAUGUCCCAUCGGUCGGAACACGAUCCCAGCAUUUAGCUCUCAAGAUGGCGACAGAACGCUCCUUGGGCGCUCUUCUACGAUCUUUACAAACAUCGUCUGAUCUGCAUGAUGUUCUCGCCCUGCUUCCGACGGCAACGAGCCUGUUAUAUGUGCUCGGAAACCCAUUAAACAUCACGCUUCUUGCGUCACAUCUGCUCGCCGCCCCAGCUUUGUGGCAUGGUCCUGUCGAUCUUUUGGCAUGUCGAAAAAUCCUCAGUGUCUUCAACACGGCCGCCAUUGCACUUCUGCAGAGUGAAGAGUCGGAGGACCCCAGAAUACCUUAUUCAAAGCCUCGGAAGAUCGAGCGAGAAGAUUGGGUCAAAGCGGUUGUCAAUGGAGCAGACGAUAAGUCACCGCGAUGGCGGCAUGUCAUUUUAAUUGGGGGCGUUUUACUGGGUUUCGAAGGUCAGAAUAGACAAGGUCUGCCGUCGCACGUUCGAAGAAAGCUCGAGUCAGCUCUCGUGACGGCCGCUCAAUUUGCUCUCGAGGAACUAGAUCCCGACAAUGAGAUCGAUGGUCGUUGUAUUACCAUGGUGCUGAACUACACCUUCGAGCUCAUAUCCGACUAUGAGAAGAGCAGGUUGAACUACAAUCGACUUUUGCCAGUCAUGGUCAAUGCUACGUUUACAUCGCCGGAAGGCCUUGAAGGGGGCUACUUUCUUGGGACUGUUGACAAGGAUAUUGUUGAGGCGCCGGGGAAACGAUUCCAAUGGUCACCGCAAUCCGAUACCUUCCUCCGCGUGACGGCCAUCUCGUCCAGUCCGCUCGUGUCUGCCUUGGGCCCUCUGUCGCGACUUAUUGCUCACGCGAUCGAGAAUGUUCCCGAUGCAAGAUUGGUUGCACAUUGUUUGGAUCAGAUUACGGACUUUGUGCGGACGUUAAUGGUUCAGUGGCGUCAAAACAAGCUCUCCGAAGUCGAUCGGGCCGAAGAAGCAGAAUUCCUGGAUCCUGAGUCGCUCGGUAGCACCAUUCCGGGGCUUUGGAAACUACUCCGCAAUUGCUUAUAUUCGAUCGUGAUUGUGCUUCGGGCCGUUCUUGGGAGAGUUCUCAAUGAUCCUGUUUUAGCUGCUCAUAAAAGUGCACCGUUUCUGUCCAUGCAAGCCUUGCACAUACUUCGAAACCUCUACUUUGUCUCGUCUCGCAUUGGGCAAAAUGCUUCGUCACAGCAUGUCUUUGUGACUUUGACUGCGGUGGACAUACUCGCGCAGUAUCCCGACUUAGCCGAAAACUUCCUUCGAAGCAUCAAGCCCAGUGAGCUGGGUCAAAUCCCCGCGCAUCCGGUUGAGCGGUGCUUGGAUCUCUUCUUUCUCAACACGUCGGAGCUGUUUACUCCCGUGCUAUCUCCCACCUUCAGUGAAGAUCUGCUUAUUGCCGCCGCCACGCCGUAUCUCCCCGCAGGCGGCAAUAACCAUCUUCUUGAGAUUUUCGAAGCUGCGCACAGUGUGGUGCUGGCUGUCUUCGCGAUCCCUGGCAACGCGGCCAUUACGUCCAAGCAUCUACCUUUCUAUGUCGACAAUCUUUUUGCCGUAUUCCCGGAGAACCUCUCUGCUCGUCAAUUUCGUCUCGCCUUCAAGACCGUCAUCCAAGUCACAGCACCCCCUUCUCCGAUCGCAAAUACGCAACGACUCCUCCCCUCUGUGCUCCUCGAGAUUCUCUACGACCGAGCCCUGCACGCCACUUCCGACGAGCUCCUCCCGCAGGCUACGGCCGGCGGCGAAGGAGAGGGUCCCGACCUCAAGAUCUCACCCCCGGUUACCGAGCAGGCGGCCCUCACGUUGGCUCUGAUCGACAGCCUCUGUUUCUUGCACGUGGACGAACUGGAAGACUGGCUUCCGCUUACGGCGCAGCUGCUCAACUUGAUCCGUACCCCGGCCAUGCACAAACUCUGCGUGGAGCGGUUCUGGGAGGCCCUGAGCAGCGGCGAGAUGGAUGUUGAGCGCGCUCACUUCUGCGUGACGUGGUGGAGUACCCGGGGUGGGCGAGAAUUGGUGCUGUAUGGGGCUGAAGUGGGCGAGAUCGCGGCCGCUGACGCACCGGAGGCUGAGGGGGCGUUUAUGAGUGGCGCUCUGGGGGUUGCUACGCGUGAGAGUAAACUAUAGUUGCUAUGUUGUAUAGUAUGCAGAAGCGUGUGUGGUGCUGAUUAUGAUGAGCGCGAGGCGUCUGGAGUCUUCUAUGGGAUUGAUACCACUCGGCGACUAUAAUGC